AUGGCCGGAAGCAGAGUGUCAGACUUCACCGUGGAUCGCAUCCUCUCCCAGCUCGGACCCAAGCCGCAGGUCACGCGCUUCUCACCGAAUGGACAGCUCCGGGACCCUGCCGGCGGACUGAGCGUGGACCGCGUGUACGUGGGCCCACCGGCGUCCACGGUGUGGCUGCAGUCUGGAGGAUUUUCUUUCCAUCACACAGAUCAUCCUCAUCCAAACACGUGGUGCUGCUACACCCAGGACUCCGCAGAUCCUCAAAAGCUGUCUGGUUACUGCGGCUACUAUCAGGCUGAGACGCAGCCGCGUCCGCGGGCUCGGAUGAGGACGGUGUUCACUCACAGUCAGACAAACCAGCUGGAGAAGCUCUUCCAGCUCACCGACUACCCGACACCCGAGGCCAGGGCGGAGGUGGCGAGGACCGCCGGGCUGAGCGAGGAGACCGUGCGGGUGUGGUUUAAGAACCGCAGAGCCAGAAGGAAGCGGCAACACAGUGGGUCAAAGGUCACAUCCCCAUCACUUUCUCCCAGUGCUGGGCCUGACCAGGCAGAGAAGCUUUUCACCUCAUUUCUCUGAACCUGGCACACUACCCAGAGGUCAAAGGUCAGCAUCCUGCUGAAUCACACGUCAGUACAGACAACACUUUCUGGAUCAUAAUUUUAGAAUCAGCAUCUGCU